GCACCUCGACGCGGGCGCCGGAGAUGCAGGCGGCCGUCGCCUUCAGCCAGGCAUCCUCUCUCGCCCGCCCGUUCCGGCGGCUCGCGAGGCCCUACCACGCCGGCGGGGCGGGUGAUGGUGCGGUGGUACGGGGAGGCGUGUCCCUCCCGCGGCUGCGGCGUGCCUGGUGCUCUGCGAGCCUCUCCGUAGGCGCCGGUGGUGGCUACGGCAGUGAGCAUGCUCCGGUAUUCCCAAGACAGAAAACAUGGGAUCCCUACAAGCUUCUUGGUGUUGAUCGUGAUGCAACUGAAGAAGAAAUCAAUAGUGCAAGAAACUUUCUUCUUCAACAGUACGCUGGGUAUGAAGAAAGCGAAGAGGCAAUUGAAGGUGCCUAUGAUAAAAUAAUGAUGAAAAGCUACUCACACCGUAAGAAAUCCAAAAUCAACCUGAAAAGCAAACUUAAAAAGCAAGUGGAAGAGUCCCCAUCAUGGGUUAAGACACUGCUUGGAUAUUUUGAGGUGCCAGCGAUGGAUGUUGUGUCCAGGAGAUUGGCUUUUUUUGGCUUUCUUGCUGGGUGGAGCAUUGGAACUUCUGCUGGGACUGGACCUACCUUCCAGCUUGCACUGUCACUAGUUUCAUGCAUAUACUUCCUCAAUGACAAGAUGAAAAACCUAGUCAGGGCAUCUGCGACAGGGCUUGGAGUCUUUGUGAGUGGCUGGAUAGUAGGUUCUCUGCUCGUUCCAGUGAUCCCGACAUUUAUUGUCCCGCCUACUUGGUGUCCGGAGCUCCUGACUUCGCUGGUUGCUUAUGCGUUUUUGUUCCUGGGAUGCACUUUCCUCAAGUGAAAUAACUGAAACAGCGUACCAACUAGAAACUGUUGUGGUUUCUACAAAAUCAUCUCUUACUGGCAUCUCAAUGGCAAGUCCAAAGUUCCGGAGUAGCAAGUCAUUCACCUUUUUGAUCUGGGAGUAUGUGAUGACAGCCCUAUCCACAAACUGAACCUCACCCCAGGAUUGUUCAGAUCCCUAGAAUUUUUUUCCUCUCAUUUUCUGUUAUUAUGUGUAGAGCAGUGAUCGUUGUUCUACCCACGGCAAGCCUGUUAUUGUGUGUCACUGAAGUGUUGAGGCAUGGUAUUGUAUACAUGUACAUGACUGCCAACUAGUGCAAAUGAAUCGGUGUUGUACCAA